AUGAGCACUGCAAUCCCAGUACCGUCCAGCCCCUCCUUCGGGCCAGGCCAAAGUCUUGUUUUCAAUCCACUGCAUCUAGGCCACUAUCAACCGCACGAUCAGCGUCACAAUCAGCAUCAAUCUUCGGCAGAGCCGAUGUCACAACAAAAGCUCGCCGCCAGGCAGGCGCUGCAGCAGCAGCAAUGCACCUAUAGGGACAAGACCCAAAAGACAGCCUCCCAUCCGGAAGCGCCACCGUGUGAACAGCAGUGUUCCGAGUAUUGCCCGCAAAACAAGGCGACCUCCUCAGCAGGCAAACGCGCACAGGAGCUGAUCCCGCCUCCAAGACUCGAAAUCAGGGGUAAAGAAUUAGACGACAAGGCCCUCAUCUCACCAUUGAUGCUAUCAGAGAGUCCGAGGAGGGCGACGGCGGCGGGAGGGGCUGGUGGUAGUGGUGGUAGUCAUGGAUAA